CACACACACACACACACACACAGGCCGAGCCUCCCUCUCACAGAGGAGGCAGUGUGUUUAAAGAGCCGAGGAGACUCCCAGGUGCCAAACACGCAAACACUUCCCUCCAUUGAGCGGAGCGGCCGGCGGACUCACGGACUGGCGGACUGACUGCGCAAAACACGAAAACCCCCGGAAAAUCUGGAAGUAAAAUACGGAAGUCGGGAGCAAAGCGCUUUAGUUCUGGUUUUCUGGUGGGAACUUUGUAUCUCUGGUCACCAUGUUCAACUGGAUGAAUCAGGAGCAAGGUGGACGCAACAGGGAGGGGGAGAUGUACCAGACAGUGACGGAGGGGCUGCAGACUCUCUACAGCAAGAAGCUGCUGCCGCUGGAGGAGACUUACCUUUUCCAUGACUUCCACUCCCCGGCCCUGGAGGCCGCCGACUUCCAGAGCAAGCCCAUGGUGCUGCUGGUCGGCCAGUACUCCACUGGGAAAACCACCUUCAUCAGGUAUCUGUUGGAGCAGGAUUUCCCGGGGAUGCGGAUCGGUCCGGAGCCGACCACCGACGGUUUCAUCGCGGUGAUGUACGGCGAGAACGAGGGCGUCGUCCCCGGCAACGCCCUGGUGGUCGACCCCAAGAAGCCCUUCAGGAAGCUCAACGCCUUCGGCAACUCCUUCCUCAACAGGUUCAUCUGCUCCCAGAUGCCCAAUCAGGUUCUUCAGAGCAUCAGCAUCAUCGACACUCCUGGCAUCUUGUCUGGAGAGAAGCAGCGAAUCAGCAGAGGUUACGACUUCUCGGAGGUGCUGCGCUGGUUCGGCGAGCGGGUCGACCGCAUCAUCCUGCUGUUCGACGCCCACAAGCUGGACAUCUCAGACGAGUUCUCCGAGGCCAUCAAGGCCUUCAAAGGACAAGACGACAAGAUCCGAGUCGUCCUCAACAAGGCCGACCAGGUGGACACCCAGCAGCUGAUGCGGGUGUACGGCGCCCUCAUGUGGUCGUUGGGGAAGGUGAUCAACACGCCCGAGGUGGUGAGAGUGUACCUGGGCUCCUUCUGGGCCAAACCGCUGCAGAACAGCGACAACAGGCGUCUGUUCGAGGCGGAGACUCAGGAUCUGUUCAGGGACAUCCAGAGUUUGCCGAGAAACGCGGCGCUUCGCAAACUCAACGACCUGAUCAAGAGAGCCAGGCUGGCCAAGGUGCACGCCUACAUCAUCAGCUACCUGAAGAAGGAGAUGCCGUCGCUGUUCGGCAGAGAGAAGAAGAAGGAGGAGCUGAUCAUGAGGCUGCCGGAGAUCUACACCCUCCUGCAGAGGGAGCACCACAUCAGCCCCGGGGACUUCCCCAACGUCACCAAGAUGCAGGACCAGCUGCAGCACUACGACUUCAGCAAGUUCCCGUCCCUGAAGAUGAAGCUGAUCGAGUCGGUGGACAAGAUGCUGGCCAGUAAGAUCGCCGUGCUGAUGGCCAUGAUCCGGGAGGAGGAGUCCAAGCAGCCGCCGGCCAUGGUGAUGGGCGGGGCCUUCGAGGGCUCGCAGGACGGCCCGUUCGGCCAGGGCUACGGCGAGGGCAUCAGCGCCGGGGCCGACGCCGAGGACUGGAUCGUGAGCCGCGACAAGCACCGCUACGACGAGAUCUUCUACACGCUGAUGCCCGUCAACGGCAAGAUCACCGGCGUCAACGCCAAGAAGGAGAUGAUGAACUCGCGGCUGCCCAACACCGUGCUGGGCAAGAUCUGGAAGCUGGCCGACUGCGACCGCGACGGCAUGCUGGACGACGAGGAGUUCGCGCUCGCCCAGCACCUCAUCAAGGUGAAGCUGGAGGGCUACGAGCUGCCCACCGACCUGCCCGACCACCUGGUGCCGCCCUCGCACCGCAAGAACCCCACCGCCGACGCCCUGUACAACCACAACGAGGACUAGGACGCCACGCCGCCGCCAGGAGGAGGGACUGAGCAGGAGAAACAAACCGUCCUCACGGGUCGCCCAGGCUCCUCGCCACGGCUCAAAUUUGGUUUUUCUUCCAACCAGGUCAAAAAAAAAUCUGCCAGCGGGACGAGAUAAUCCCACCUGCUUCCUGCACUAAUCAGUGCUGAUCCCCUCCGGGUUGAACACCUGAGCGGGCCAAUCAGGGCCAUCGAGGGGCGGGACACACGAUGCUCGAGAUGUUGUUUUAAAUAAAUUCAAAGUAAAACCAGAGCAGCGUCGUGGCUGAAGGCGUUUGGAAAGGACGAGCGGCCUGUUUGCCAGAAUCAACCCGACUUCACUGGAUCACUGGUUCAAAUGUUUUUCAUCAGCUUUUUAGGAAAUUUGGCAAAAAAACAAGCAAAUUAAGGAACAUCUUCAUCAGUCUGACGUCACAUGCACAGCGCUCAGGAAACACAGAGGACAUUUAAAGCGUUCACUGCAAAAACGCAAAAUCUUACCAAGAUUAUUUGUCUUAUUUCAAGUCAA